GUCCUGUCGCUGAUGCAGUUGCUUCAUUGGACCACUUUAGAACCCGGAGGGCCAUCUAAUCUCGCUGCAGUCCGUUUCUCUAGCCCAGUCAACGUUCAGCUUUUAAAGAUAUUUGGCCCUCAUGAACGAAUAUUUGAAAAUGAUACGUCAAUAAUCAGUGCGACUGAGUUUCCCGAGUCCCACGAAGAGGUCGUUCCAACGGUGCAGGUAUUCUUCACGGCUACUCCGAAUCUGGAAAGAGAUGACAAGCCCAAACCCUUGAAUCAACUCGCUACAACAACUUUACACUAUGAUGGAGGCACACGUGAUUUCAAAAUUGAUAUGGGUACUGUAAGUAUAGCGAUAAGAACUGUAAACCAUCAGCUCAAUAACACCAUCAGCAUUCGACUCCCAGUAACUCAGCCAACCGCACAAGUUGAAGAUGUGGUGCAUAUGACUCCGUUGGCCAAGUAUCUGGACGUGGCUAAUGCAAAAGACUAUAAUGCUCUCGCAAGAUCUUUAUGUCUCGAGGCAGCAGGCGACGUUUCACCUGCCCAUCUUCUUCGCCUUAUGUUCCUACUCAAACCAGCGGACACCGACUGGGAAAUUCCCAAUUAUCCUGCUCGAUAUGCGGAUCUCCCCUCCCUCCCAACAUUGGAACUCAGCACUACCAAUAGCCUUGAUGCAGUUCAUCCAAAACAGCGGUGGCUAGAGCAGAUCAUGAACGAGUUGAGAUUUCCAAUUCAUGAUGCGGAGAAAGAGGAAUCGAUUCAACGCCUCGCAGACUCCUUCUCUACUACUUUGGAUACUCCAGAAGGCGUUGACCUUAUUGGGCUUCUGGAGAGCGAUAUCCGUGGCGAAGGAGUGGUACUAGAGAAGUUGGUUACAUGUGCAGCAAAUCCCUCCGUCGCUGAUCGGUUACAUAAAAAAAUGGAAGCUUUGGCGAAAGUAAAAGACAACCAAGAUCACUCCCAUAAUCAAGAGGUCUCGCGGCUGAUUGAAAGGGUCAACGGGUGGCCGACUUUGAUCGACAGCCUUACCAAGCCGGAACUGGAUUUUUCUACAGUUACACCUUGGAUCUAUGAUCUACUAGGAGAUGAAGAAACAUUUGCCAUAUUCCUGCAAGGAUUGAUGUCCUAUGAACCUGUUUCAGAACUCUUGAAACCGGUUCCAGAAGGGACGGUCAAGCCAUUAUUCUCUCAACCAUCUCCUUCCUCUCUGGAGGAGAGAAAGGCUUUUAUGAGAGCGAUUGUAGGACUAGGCACCCUUUUUCCUGUGUUUUGCUGGGCGAAUAGUGAAGGCAGACACGACUCGUUACAAAGGAUUAUUCACGCAUUCCUGAUAUGGCAGGCCGAACCUGGCUAUGGUGAUGUAAGGAACCUUUCGAUAGGUACGAGUAUCGGUGCGGAGUCACUCUUAUAUAGACUCUAUCGUUCCAACACCGAUGUACUCUUCAAUCCAACUUUCUUAGACUAUUUAUCUAGUCGUUCCACUGACUGGCCACCACUGUCCGAUACAGUCUGGCUUGCCAAGGCCGCAUCUGUGGGAAAGCAAGGAAUUCCGAAAGUCCUAGAACUACUCGGUGAUUCGGAUCUUUCGAACAACUUGAGGGACGCCGAAGCAGCCUAUCUGUUUCGCGUUAUAACGCGAUUCCUUUUAAAGGAGACAACAACUCAAGGAGAGGACUACGUCCUCCGUUCAAUGUGGGAGUCCAUGAGCCCUGUGCAAGGAGUCGUACACUGUCUCGUUGAUCGUUUAGAAGAUGUUUCCUCUGCUUUAACAGACAGUGUGGGAGCCCUAUACAUUUCUUUCACUCCAGAGAGCCAUCUCAUUGAUUUGAUCGACGCAUACGUAGAUAUACUCUACUUGAUCAGUCAUUUCGGCUCUGUCCUCCCUCCAGUCAGGCGAAACAUCGAUCAACUAGUCACCUCGGUCAUAAAUUUCGAGACAGUAUGCGAAAUUCUCCAGAUGUCAAGAAAUAUAGGAAAUCGACUCAAUAGGUCAAUAGAGACCAUCACUCGCUCUUCUAGAUGGUUUGUCGGACUUUUCCGAGAGGACUACUUUGGAGUAGUCCCGAGCUGCCGUUUUCUGAAAAGGGUUCUUCUCAUUUCUCACUAUCCAUCGUCUAUCAACGUCGAAAAGGCCUUUGAAGUAGCAUCUAGUACCCUAGAUCAUCUACUGCCCCAAACUAGGCAAGGGGGAAACGCACAUGCGUCCGUAUGGGCGGGAAGAUUGGUCGAAGAACUGCCACUAUUUCAAGGCUUCUUACAUAGGAACACUGAGCAACAGCGUGCUCGAUGGAUUCUCCGUGCCACAGACUUGGACGGCAGCGAAAUGGGCCUAGGAUACUUCCUGCUAUAUGAUGAAAUCAGCUUGCUCCAACUUACUCUCAAUAAGCUCCAAGAAACCGACUUAAUCGACCCGGCGGCUCAAGCAUUGCACUUUCAAGUCUCUAUUCAUUUCGCCUGCCUGGUCACCCUGGUCACUAGCAAGGAGUCAAUGUCAGCCUUGCUGACCUCUAGUGAAAUAGCGACAAGCCUCUCGGACUGCUAUACCACGAUGUCACAACUCAAAUUACACGAUGAUUCCUCGGUCGAUUUAUCGAAACGCUUGAUCGAAACUAAUGAAGUUUCCCUUGUUAUUGCCGGAGCCA